CCCUCUUUCCAGAUUUAACAUCAAACCACUGCCUUUUUAAAACCUGUGAAAGAUUUCAGGUUUGAAUACAAUCAUCAAUUUUCAGUUCCUGGAUUUCUGUGUCUUGGGUUCUGGCCAUUUUCUUCAUUUAUACUUAAGAAAUCUCUUAAGCUUGUUCACAUGGUAGUGGAGCUUGAAAAGGUUGCUGCAAUGGAGAACUCUCAUGGCAGUGCUGUGUCUCAGCUAGUUGUGAAACAUGGGGAGCCAACUUUGGUCGCUCCAGAAAUGGAGACAGAUAAAGGCCUGUAUUUUCUCUCUAAUCUUGAUCAAAAUAUUGCUGUGAUUGUGCGCACCAUCUACUGCUUCAAAUCAGAUGAGGAAGGAAAUGAAACUGCUGCAGAAGUGAUCAAGAAUGCCUUGAAAAAGGUUCUUGUUCAUUACUUCCCUCUUGCUGGGAGGCUAACAAUCAGCUCUGAAGGAAAGCUUAUUAUAGAUUGCAAUGGAGAGGGUGCUGUUUUUGUUGAAGCUGAAGCAAACUGUGCAAUGGAAGAGAUUGGUGACAUUUCAAAGCCUGAUCCUGACACUCUUGGUAAGCUUGUUUUUGACAUUCCUGAUGCAAAGAACAUUUUGCAGAUGCCUCCUCUGGUGGCUCAGGUGACCAAGUUCAAAUGUGGUGGAUUUGUACUUGGAUUGUGCAUGAAUCACUGCAUGUUUGAUGGAAUUGGUGCUAUGGAAUUUGUGAACUCAUGGGGAGAAACAGCUAGAGGAUUGCCACUGUCUGUCCCUCCAUUUCUAGACAGAAGCAUCCUUAAAUCCAGGAAACCACCAAAGAUAGAGAAUCUUCACCAAGAAUUUGCUGAGCUAGAAGAUAAAUCUAACCAAUAUAAAGAUGAUGAAAUGAUCUACAGCUCCUUCUGUUUCGAUUCCGAAAUGCUUGAAAGGAUAAAAAAGGCAGCAAUGGAAGAUAACAUUCUUGACAAGUGCACUACUUUUGAAGGGCUAUCAGCAUUCGUGUGGAGAGCUCGAACCAAGGCACUCAAUUUGCUACCUGAUCAGCAAACAAAGCUUCUGUUUGCUGUUGAUGGGAGGACAAAAUUCAACCCACCACUGCCAAAUGGGUACUUUGGAAAUGGGAUUGUGUUGACAAAUUCCAUAAGCCAAGCAGGUGAACUGCUAGAGAAACCACUCUCAUAUGCAGUUGGGCUUGUUCAGGAUGCAAUUAAUAUGGUUACAGAUUCUUACAUGAGAUCUGCCAUAGAUUAUUUUGAAGUGACAAGAGCAAGGCCUUCGCUAGCUUCAACUCUGUUGAUAACAACUUGGUCUAGGCUUUCAUUUCACACAACUGAUUUUGGAUGGGGAGAGCCAAUUCUGUCAGGGCCAGUGGCAUUGCCUGAGAAGGAGGUGAUCUUGUUUCUGUCACAUGGUAAAGAGAGAAAAAACAUAAAUGUGCUUCUGGGAUUGCCAGCUUCUGCCAUGAAGAUCUUCCAAGAAUUGAUGCAAAUAUGAGAAAUAAUAAUUAUCUUUAUAGUCUAUGUUGUUGCCUUUAUGUUUAUCAUGGUGGCUUUAUCUUGAUUUGUAUUGGAUUACUGUGUGAUAUGUGUUUAUGGGCUGAUUAAGAAAAUUAAUGAAGCCAUAGAUCUCUUUUUAUUUUUCA